AUGGUUCGCGACAACAUGGACUUGCAAGAGCGCGUGUCGUACAUCCAAUCGUUCACCAAGCCCGCCGGCGACAAAGACGACGACUUUGCUGCGGUCAAGACGCCGGGCGAGCUCGAAGACGGCGCCCUCGUCGCGGGCGGGGCCUUGGACCUCUUCUCCCGACAAGCGUUUGGCAUUUUCUCCAACUACGCCGCCAUCGGAGUCAUCUUGGGCAUGAUCCCGUCGCUCAAUUACCCCAUCUUCAACAUCUACCUCAACCUGGAAGGGUACCAGACGUCGGCGUACAGCUCGCUCGUGACGCUCGGCUGGUCCUUCAAGGUGUUCAUGGGGAUGCUAUCCGACUGCGUCCCCAUCUUUGGCUUCCGCCGCAAGUCGUGGAUGUUGAUCGGUUGGGGGGCCACCAUGGUGUGCUUGUCUAUCAUGACGUUUUCGUCGCUGGGCGACCCGUACUGCAGCCGCCUCAAGGCCAAGGCAAUGAACAACUCGCUGGCUUGCACCCGCGUGUACUCGCGCGCGUCGCCCGCGGAAAAGGAGCUGUUCAACCUGGGUGCGCCGGAUCAAGGCUCGCUGUUCAUCAUCCUGUCCAUGUUUGUGUCGUUGGGUUACGUCACGGCUGCAUGUGCGUCGGACGCGAUGGUCACCGAGUACUCGCAGCGCGAGCCGGACGCAAUUCGCGGUCGCGUCUUGACGGGGAUCUACACCGUGCGCACGAUUGCCAGCAUCCUGUCGCAGGUGGUGAUUGGGUUUGGCUUGAACGGCGCCGACUACGGUGGGUCGUUCUCGUUCUCGAUGGCCCCGAACGUACCGUACGGCAUCUGCUUGGCGCCGUGUGUGCUGGUGGUGCUGUCUGUGAUUUUCAUUCUGGAAGAGACCAAGGUCCCUGGUACGCCGUUCCGGGAGUGGGCUGCGGGUUUCUGGGGGUUGUUGCAGAAGCGCGUGAUGUGGCAAAUUUGCGCCUUCCGCUUCAUCAGUCAGGUGCUGACCAAUAUCAGCUCGACGGCGGACUCGCCCAUGUCGAGCACGUGGGCCAAAGUGGAGCCGAUCAACAGCGCACUGGCUGGGAUCGCGGGGAACGCCAUCUUUGCUGGCAUCAUGGUGGUCGUGGGCAAGUGGGGGCUGCAUUGGAACUGGCGCUGGGUCAUUGCCACGUGCACCGUGUGUGUGUUGAGUCUCGACGGUAUCACCACGUACUUGACCAUCUGGAACGUUGUGCGCAACCAGUGGUUCUACACUGGGUUUGCCUUGACGGAGAACAUUCCUGGUGGCAUCCGUUUCGUCGUGUCCACGUACUGUGCCGUGGAAAUCGCCGACGUCGGCAACGAAGGGGCCACCUUUGGCUUGGUCACGACCGUCAACAACUUGGCGUCUCCGUUCGGCUCCAUGCUUACGCGCUACAUCAACUCGUUCUUCAAGGUGCUCCAGAACGACAUCCGCGAGGACUCGUCCCAAGUGCGGUGGGACGUCACGUACACGUUUCUCAUUUCGUACGCGUGCCGCCUCUCUGCCUUGGCGUUCCUCUUCAUGCUGCCUCCUCAACGUGGCCCCAUGCAAGAGUUGAAGAAGAAGGGGGGCAAGAGCAAGCUGGCGGGUAUCAUUUUGAUCCUCAUCUUCGCCGGCACCCUCGCCGUCUCGGUCACGUCCAGCAUCAUGGCCAUCUACCCCCAGACGCGAUGCUUGCGCAUUGCUGGGGGCAACGGUGUCACCGACGCCAAGACCGGCAAGUGUCCUGUCGUUGCUAGCCGAAAGGGAUAG